AUGUUCUUGAAAUUUCAACAUGCAUCAUCAUCUUUGAAAUCAUCCACAACGAUGAUGAAAGCCUUUACUCUUCUCUGCGUUCUCUUGUUAAUGAUGACUCUCUUUCAAACCUCCUCACGAGUGCAUGCCAUUGGCUCAGGUGGAGAGUGUGCGGGAUGUGUCAUUGUCUUUCGAGCUGUAGAGAGCUACGUCAAUUACAAACAACAACCCAUUGAUCAAGCAUUGAUGGAAAUUUGUAGUUUCUUACCCGAUAAGCUUUCAUCCUUCUGUAAAUUAUUCAUCACCCUUGAAGCGGAAGUGUUGAUCAAAAUGUUAGAAGAACGACAAACUCCUGAUAUCAUUUGCAGAGAAUUGGGUCCAUGCAAAGAUUUUGAGCAAUGUACCUUGUUUAAACGAGCAGUGGAAUAUACAUCUCCUCGAAGAAGAACACUCUUCCGAGAGAAUUGGUGGCGAAAGUUAUUGGAUCUGAUCAUUGCUCCAUUCUAUAACUCUCUCAAUAAUCAUUUACCAUUCAGUGAUGCGGAUGGUGAUCUUCAUUCUACAGAGUUCAAUUUAAGAGGAAGUGCAUGGAGAGGAGCAGACUGUAAUGAUAAUGAUGCCUCUGUUUAUCCUGGAAGAAAGAAGACUUCUCUCUCACCCAUGUAUGACCACAAUUGUAAUGGAAUUUAUGGUUAUGAUGAGAAGGGAAGAAGUUAUGAACAAUUAUUUUGUAAUGACACCAUUUCAAAGACCAUGGGAGUGGUUGUUUUUGGAGAUUCUCUUUCAGCCCAUUUUAGAAUUCCUCCAGAAUUGGUUCAACCUCAAUAUAUGAAUGCUCAUACUUAUUCACAACUUUGGGAAAUGUUAACUAAUGAACUCGAUUGGCCAAUGUUGGCUUGGGCAACAGGAUUUUUGAAUUCUUCAUACUCUGAUUUGACUCCAGGUCCUUCAUCAUCCAUCUACAAACAUUUGAGAAAUCACAACAGAUGUAUUCAUAGAGAUUAUGCAACAAUUUCGGUCAAUGGAGCACGUACUGGAGCUAUGGAGGAUAUCAUCAAGACAUGGACAAGAGACAAGUUCAAUGACCAACCAGUCCUUGCGUUCUAUUCUUUGGUUGGUAAUGAUGUUUGUCACCCAGCUCACAACUUUGAUUUUACCACUCCUGAAGAAUUUGAAAGAAACGUUGUUGUGAGCUUGAAUUAUUUAGAUAACAUCCUUCCAGCUGGUUCUUCUGUUGUGUUUAUUGGUCUCGCACAAGGAGGUUAUCUAUUUGAAUUUUUGAAAAAUCAAAUCCAUCCUUUGGGCGUACCUUAUCCUGACAUGUAUGACUAUUUGAAUUGUUUAGAAAGCAAUCCUUGUUGGGGAUGGAUGAAUACAAAUGCAACAGUUCGAAAUAUAACAAGUGCUCAAGCAGCCUUGCUUUCAACAGUCUAUGACAAGAUUAUUCAAAAGUACUCAUUCAAGCAAUUCAAAAUGUACUAUCAUGAAUUCCCACUCAAAGGCAUUUUAGAUGAAUGGGUGAAAAAUGGAGGACAGCCAAAAGAUUUAAUUGAACCAUUUGAUGGAUUUCACUUGAGUCAACCUGGUCAAUCUCUCAUGGCUGAUUACUUGUGGAAUUGGAUCAAGACAGAACAUCCAGAAAUUAUUGGAAAUCCAAAUCCAAUGAAUUCGGAAAUUAUCAGAGUUUUUGGCGAUCAAGGUGGUUACUAA